CGUUGACAUUUGGUGUCGCGUGCUUCGUGGACGCUGUAGCGUGGUUCUGCGGUCUCUUUAAGACGCUCUGGUUAAUUCAGUGUAACUAGACGCGUUAGUUGAAACCUGUUUUUCUGCUGCUGCUGAUGCUCUGGAUGUUGCAGUGUGACCGUGGAAAAAAAGCGGCGACAGACAUCCAGUCGCUUUCGCACCCAGAUAACCCAGGCUUUCCACGGGGAUUACCGUCUGAAGAUGCAUCGUUAUUAGCCCGGAGAAACCAUCAGCAUCGUCUGCUGCGAUCUGACACAAAGACGGACGUAACUUACUGCUUGGAUUUUAUCGCUGAAAGGGCAGCCUGAACAUCGUCGAGACGGAUAAAUAAACGCGAUGUCGUCGGAAAAACACGGAUUGGAGGAGGCCGCGGGGAGGCAGUCCAUGUCUCAGCCGAUGAUGCAGAUGGCUCCUCCUCCUUACCUCCCCGCCCAGGACCCCAACAUGCCCCCUCAUCCCCCGCCGCCCGGCUGUGCCCCGCAGCCCAAUUACCCCCCCCCCUCCCCUCCCGGAUCCGAGGGGUAUCUGCAGGAAACCCAGUUCCACUGCGGCACCCUCGGCCCCCAGGGAGCUUCGAACGGAUACCCGGUUCAGACCCACGGACCUGUGGGCACCGUCCCUCAUCCCCCGGUGGGCUACUUACACACAGGAUACCCCCUCCAGCUGCAGCCCUGCACAGCCUACGUGCCCGUCUACCCUAUAGGCACAGGGGCGCAGCCUUACAUGCCCAACGGUGCGCCUCAUCCAGGUGUUGCCCCGGGCCAGAUGGCCAUGCAUAUGCCAAAUGGCAUUGCUCUGAUGGAGUCUCGUCGUCCUCCUCACGACUACCUGCCCAUCGCCGUCCUCACCACUGUCUGCUGCUUCUGGCCCACAGGAAUAAUCGCCAUCAUCAAAGCAGUGCAGGUGCGUACCGCUGUGGCUCGAGGAGAUAUGGUUACAGCAGAGAUCGCCUCUCGUGAGGCGCGUAACUUCUCCUUCAUCAGUCUUGCGGUGGGAAUCGCCUCCAUCGUGCUCUGCACCAUCCUCACCGUUGUGGUCAUCAUCGCCUCUCAGCACCACGAUGACGACUGGGAGCCCUAGAGAGCCCUAGAGGGCCCAGCUCGGGACGCACCGCCCAUCCCGACCCCAUCAUUCCAGUCGGUAUUCUGCUUUUUCUGUCACACAGCACAGUUCUGACGCUCAAGCCACCACAUCCUAAUCUCCAGUCCAAAAUACACUUUUACAGCCAUUUGAUCAUGUAUUAGUUAGAAGAUAGUUUGACGGUACGGUAAAUCGGAGCGUGGGGAACACAGCGCGUCUGCGGUGUCGUAAGCGGUGUACGCUCACACUCACGUGAACCUACCUGAACACUUCCUGUUUCUCCUAAACAAAAGCCUGUGCUAGAUCAGUAGUUAGAAAUAUAGUGUACUAAAGGCUUGAGUCAGGUCAGGUGUGUUAUCAUUUGCUCUUUAAAUCUGCCAAAAAUGUUGCUUUUUUUAAAAGAAACACACUAAGUAUUACAGGAACAUGAUUUUGGUGUUUUUUGACGUUCGAAACAUUCCACCUAUUAUUUGUGCCAUUUAUCUGUUUAGAAAGACGGUAUGUUUCUUUGCAGGAUAAACUGACAAAUUUACUAACUCCACUAAGUGUGGAUAAAUCGUGUUUUCUAUACGCUAAGUAUCGAAAAGUGUAACAUAAUGUAUUGAAUAAGUCGAACGCCUAAUAGAUUGAAAUAGGUCGAUAUUGUAUAACUGGAUUUUCACCCAAAGCAACUUCUGUUGAGUGUGUAUCAGUAUUGAUUACUCGGUGCUUUCUUUUCUGAGGCCAGAAGUCUACGCUACGCAGUACACAAACACAGAUGCAAUUGUUUGGCUAAUGGCUACAUGUUAAAAAAAAAUGGCAAAAAUGAAGCCUUGGUGAAUCAGUUUGGUUGUUUGAACUUAGUGUGUUGUUCAAGCUGUUGAGUUCAUACAGCAGAUGAAAAGCCAGGCGUAAUAAAGGUGUUCAGCAACGAGCUGAAGAGCUUUUAGCUGAACAAAUGAUGCCCAUUUUUGGCUUACCUGUCUGUCUGCUGUGUCUCAUACACAAAAUGCACACUAAAACAGUCAGCAGUCUUUUGAACAUUUAGUUUAAUUGCAUGUUAAAUUUUUGCACUACUUGUUGCACAAUUGACCGGCAAUCGAGUUUGAUUGACAGGCGAACAGACCAAUCAUAAAGAAGCAUCUGCUAUUUUGUCCAACAAACAAAUCGGACGGUAGAUUAACACUUUUAGACUUUAACCUGAAAAAUUAAUCUAUCACGACACAUUAAACGGUCACGAAACCAUAUUUGUCUUUAACAUUUCUUAAAAAUGACUGGUUUUGAAAACCGAGACUUAUUUUUUUCCACCACUGUUAACCCGCGAAAACACAUUCUGUGUGAACGGACAUUUAUUGCGGUAGUUAACCGAUGUCAGUUUAACCAACUUUAACCAGCUCAGUAGGACCCUCAACGAACUACACAGUAACCCGACCCCAGAAGAAGACAAUUAUACCAAUGCAUAGCAGAACUGCGAUGUGUAUUUGCGCUGCAGUUAUGAAUUCCUGACAAGUUACCGAUGCAGCAAUAUGCGAAACCGGCUAAAAGCAUUUGUGUUCACGUACUUGCGUAGCGUGUGUCUUGGGUCUAAGUGUUCCCGAGUGUCUUGUUUGCAAACCGGUCUCAAAUCGAUCCAGUCCUGAGGUGUUGGAAGAAUGUAUUCUAGGGUGAAAUUAUUACUCCGUUACUGACUAUUGUGAAUUGGCUCGAAGGAACACAUCAAUUUUGUGUGUCGUGAACUAGUGUAUUAUUUAUUGUUUAAACACUAAAUUAUUCAUUUGUGUAUUAAAUUGAUACUUCUAUAUUUAUUAUUAAAUAUGUAAACAUAGGUCUAACUGUUGUGCUGAAAUAUUUGGUUAUCUUUCCUAGAUAACGGUCAAUCAUCGCAGAUGAUUGCUCAGCUGGCAUAUUUUGAUGACGCAUGUGAUAAUAUGCACUUUUAUGCUCAGUAAGCAAGUAGCUAGUUUGUCUCACUUCUUUGUAGAUGAGAGCGUAACUUGCUUCAAGUUCUGACCUCAUUGAAACUUCUCACAUGCUGCUGUCAGUUAGCCGUAGUUUGUUAGGUAAACGCAUUUAGCACAACGGUUUGGUCGAAUGAAAAGAAUCAAACAAUCCUAGUGUUCCUAUAUAUAUAUAUUGUGCUGAAACAUGGAUGCAAUGUUUUAGAUUUUUUUUAUUUAGGACUCCAGUAUGUGAAUUAAUCUCUUAAUGCUUAAAAAAAGAGUUUGCCCCAAAAAUGAAGAGUCUGUCAUUUACUCACCCUCUUACUUUCUUUAUUUCUACGGAGCAUAAAAGGAGAAAUCGAUCAAAGUGUUGAUUGUUCCAGAAUCUGAGACUCCAAAAAUGAUUUUAAAAAAUGGUGUCAAAUAUAUUAUUUGGCUUUACAAGAUACUCCAACUUUACAAGUACCCCCAAAAUAAUUUUUUUAUAUUAUUAUUUUAUUUUAUUCGCAUAAUUUCCUUUCAUUGUGAAACACCAGGCUGAAUCUGCCGUGUGCUUUGUUCCACGAAAGAAGGAAAGUCACAAAGGUUUUGAACGGCAUAAAUAAAAAUAAAAGCAAUGUCAGAUUUUUCAUUUUUGGAUCGAUUCAGUGGAUGAUUUAUUUUCUUUUAAUUGAUGUACAAAGCUUUCGAUUUCGUCGUGCCGAGAGUAAAACGAGCUUCAUUGUUUCAGCGAAAUCCUAGAAAGAGAACAGCCAGUUUUGAUAAUCAAGUGUCCAAAUGUGAAAGACGGGAGAAAAUCAUCUUCUGAAUCCUUUUUGAGCGCUUACUUUCUGUCCUCUUCUGCCAUGCCACUCAGUUUUAAGUAUUUAUUUUGCUUGUGUAAUUUGAACGGCAUCAUAUCGUUCUUUUCCUGCUCUCUUUAAUCGAUUUCUAAUAUCUUUCUGAUCUAUUUUUGAACAAAGGACUUGCAGCACAUUGCAAGUGUUUCGCCGAACUGUUUGUUGAACGACUUCUGAUUUCUACCUGUUAGAGGUGUGAUUGCACAUGGUCGUGUUUAUAUGGGCUACGUCGAAAAACAUGACCUUCAUUUUCUAACUGAGAGAGAGAGCAUAGUUUCAAAAGAAAUCCUACCUGUUAAUAAGACAAGCUUGUCCGAUGACUUUAUUUUGGUGUUUUAAAGUUGUGCAAACACUGUACAGUUGAUGUGAACCUAGCUCCUGUUUAUAAUUAGCCCAGCAAUAUGCUUUUUCACACAGUUGUGAUAUAAAGCGAAUGCUUUAUUGUUAUAAACAUGGCCACUGAGAUCUGAUUGCCUAUAGUUACUGCACACGGUUUCUCUAAGCUUGUAAAUGCGGUGGGUUUAUUCGAAAAGCCGCAAGCUCCUUUGUGUUUGUGUGCUUUUAGAGGUUUAUUCUGAGGCCAGUCUCGCAAAAACCUGUAAAGAACAUAUUCCAUUUCAAGUCAGCAGAAAGAAAUAUAUAGCUAUAUUUUCGUAAAUAAAAUGAGCCUUAUCUAAUGGCUAUUAUUUUAUAAUUUCUUUGCGUAACUUUGAUUGCAAUGAAACAUUGUUCCCAUUAAACCCCCCCCCACAAUAUUUCUUAUCGUAAUGCAGAUCCAAUGAGAGUAAAGCAUCCUCAUGCAGUUUUGACAUUGUCUGUUAAACAAAGUCAAGGCUUCAUUUUCUCUGUUUAAAAAAUACAUGAAAACUCUUUCACUUGAUUUUGAAUGUGAAUAGCGACAUGUUUUCGUGAGAUUGGCCCUCUUAAUGAGACCAAGCAUUGAUUUGCUGUGUAUGAAUCCAGUGAUUUAAUUAAAGAGGAAUACCUGGUUGUGCAAGAA